AUGGAUUGUGGUGGUGGUGGUGGUGGUCAUGGGGGUUGUGGAGGUUGUGGAAGUGGAGGUCGUUGUGGUGGUCAUUGUGGUGGAUGUAGUCAUUGUGUUGGUGAUUAUCGUGGUUGUGGUGGUCGUGGUCAUGGUGGUGUUCAUCGUGGUGGUGGUGGAGGCGAAAGAUGUCUGGGGGGAACUAAUUGUGAGCAUGAUGGUGCUACUCUUCUGGAUAACCUACAAUCAUUCCUCAGGGAACCUGAUGUUGCUUCACGAAAUCCUUCCACAAGUCAUGACAAGGAAACCCCUGCUGGUGUGCCUGAGAGUUUCCAUGUUGCUCAGAAAGUACAGGAGGACAUAAGUGCUGCAGUACAUGCUGGAGACAUGGAAGAGUGCAGUGAUACAGAACAGUUUCUCACCUGUCCUUCUGAGAAGCUUGUGGAGACUGUUGGUACUGCUGUAACUCUAAUGGAGUGUAUAGUGGCAAAGGUGGGCCACUUCAAUUCAGUGGAGCAGCAUAUCACAACUGCCAUUAAGAGCACCAUUGACUUCAAGUGGAUUAGGUGUACUGGUUGUUCACUUCACUACCAACGAAUAGUAGAUGGUAUUGUGAGAUGUCUCACAACAAUUUACAUCCCUUGGUGGUGUAAGUGA